AUGAAGCAAAAUAUUGGACGGGGCGAAUUUUCUCAGUUCCCCAAUUUGUCACAGACAAGCUGCCAGGAAGACGACGUUUCAACUUACGUUCAACGUGUAAAUGCCCUCUAUUCAGAUUUUGAAUCUAGGUUUGAGGAUAUUUUGACUAUGGUAAUACCACCGUGGAUAAUUAAUCCAUAUGGUGACAUAGAAGAAACGAAUGUCAUAAUACAAGAGGAACUGACUGAACUAAGUACGAACGAAAAACAGAAGGUUCAGUUUAAAACCGGAUAUCAGCAAUUCUAG